AUGAGCAACGAGUAUUCGCAGAAGUACAAUGAUUUUAUAGACACAUACGAUAGAAUCUUUAAUGUGAAAACGGGCGAAUCAUAUGAAGAAAUUGCUAAUCUGAUAACAUCAAUUUUAAUCAACAAAUAUAAAGAAUGCUUUAAAGAUAUAAUUUUGAGCAUUCUAACAGCAAUCGAGUAUGAUUAUUAUCACAUUAGACUUUAUCUUAAAAUUCUUAAUCAAAUAUUAGAAAUUCAUUCCUUGAAAUUUAGAGAUUUUUUAAAAGAUAAUGAUAUCAAAGAUUUAGCUGAGAAAUUGGACAUAUUUAUUUCAACCAGAAUUGAGAACCAUGUAACAUUCAACAGAAAACGUUAUCCUAAUAAGGAUGAUAUCCAUUACAUCAUUAUGCAUGAUCAGAUUGACAAGUUUAAAGAAUACAUUUCUCAAAAAUCAAUUGACAGAUUAUGUUUCAAAUUACCUAUUUUUUCCGGUACUUCCUUUUCUCCAAUUGAAGAAUGCUGCUUAUUUGGAUGCGUUAAUAUUUUUUAUUUCCUCAUUUCGAACUUUAAAACGGAGAUUUCUGAAAAUUGUCUCAAGUACGCUUUUGCGGGCAAUAAUACAGAUAUUAUCAACGAAUGCUUAAAAAACCACCAAGUCAAUGACGAAUGCAUAGAUUUCAUCAUCUAUUCUCAUAAAAAUGCAUCUUUACAAUAUAUAAUAGAUAGGGAUUUGUAUCAGAUUGAUAGGAUAUGGAAUUUGGAAGACAAAAUUAUCAAAUCUCGAAAUUUGAAAGCUGCUUUCAUUUUGUAUGAUAAAGAUAAAAACUCUGUCAUUCCAUGGUGUGCUGCAUUUCCACAGUUUAAUGAAAUUGUCGAAAAUGAACAAUUGGAUUUCUCAAGAACAAUAUCUGGAAAGACAAUCUUGCAUUAUGCUGCUUUAUUUAACAAUUCAGAUAUUUUCAAGGUUUUAACAAAAGCAGAAACUAACAAAAUCAAUAUCAACUCGUGUGAUAAUGCUGAUGAAAAUUCUGCACUACAUAUCGCAUUAUUAAAUAAUUAUACAGAAAUAGCUAAAAUUCUUAUAUCACGUGGUGCAAACGUCAAUCUAAAAAACAAGCAAAACAAAAAUCCUCUUUUAAUUGCAUUUGAAAAAAAGAAUGAAGAAGUUGCAGAACUACUUAUUAAAAGUGGAGCAAAACUCGGAAUCAAAUUAGAAAGCGGCCUAUCUGCCCUUCAUUAUGCAGUACUUAAUAAUUGGUUAAAUGCAACAAAACUUUUGAUUCCACAAUCUAAAACUCUCAAUCCAAAAAACAAAAGUCAUGAAACACCUCUUCAUUUUUGUGUAAGAUAUGGUCAUAGAGAAAUUGCUGAACUUCUUCUUUCCCAUGGAGCCAAAUUCACAGAAAAGAACAAACAGGGAGAAACACCCCUCCAUUUAUGUGCCAAAUUCAAUAGAAGUGAAAUUGCAAGAUUACUUUUUUCAUAUGGGAACAUUAAAAUUUCUGAUAGAGAUCCAACAACUCCUAUUCAUAUUGCUGCAGAAAAAGGUAGUAUAGAAAUCGCCAAAGUAUUAAUUGAAAAUGGUGCCGAAAUAAAUGGCAAAAAGCGAAAUGGCGAUACCCUUGCUCUUUGUGCAGCAAGAAAUAAUCAAGCAGAAUUUAUGCAAUUUCUUAUUUCAAUAGGUGCUGAUAUUUAUACGAAAAGUUCUAAAGGAAAAACACCGCUGCAUUUAGCAGCUCAAUCUAAUGGUAUUGCUUUGGCAGAAAUUCUUCUUAACAACGGUGCAAAUAUCAACGAAAAAGAUGAUGACGGACAAACUGCUCUUCAUAUUGCAGCGAGAUAUGCUAAAAAAGAAAUGGUUGAGUUUCUCUUAUCACACGGUGCAAAUGUCAGAGCAAAAACAAAGAAUAAAGAGACAGCUCUUCACAUUUCUUCAAAAUUGGAUAAAAAAGAAAUAUCUGACCUUCUAAUUUCACAUCGUGCUGAUUUAUAUGCAAGAGAUAUUGACGGAAGGACUCCACAAUCUUAUAUCACAGGGACAAAUAAUUACCCCACUACGCUGCAUAUGGCACUUAGAAAUCGUUUUUGA